UUACAAAUGAAAUGAAAAAAAAUAUAAAUUCAUUUAUACCCUUUGCUGCCCUUUGUGUCUUCUUCGCUUUUGUCUCCUUAACUCACCCUUCCUUUCCCCUUUCCCUUCUUCUCCUUUUUCCUUCAAUCUUCUGCUUAAACCCCGGAAUCGUUCCUUUUCUUAUCAUUUUUCCUAUCCCCGUCGCUGUUUCUAGUCCCUUUUGUUCUUUCUUCUCUCUUUUACUUUUUCCUCCGCCUCUCACUAAACCUACUCUUGAAUUAAAACCUGAACCCUCCACCCUCUCUGUACCAUUUACUUACUUUGAUUCCCAGAAACUUCUCUUGGGUUUUUGUUAGUUAGUUUCUCGUAAGGAAUCCCUUUCUGAUAUUAUCAGGAUAUUUUGUGUUUCUACCACUUACCCAUGUCUCGUUUCUUUUUUGAGUUUUAGCUGGGCAUGUAAGGACCCUUUGAUCCUAUCAAUAAAGUUUCUUUUGUGCUGGCCGACGAUGCCGACGUCGGUAACCGCAGCUCGGCAAUUCUUAACUGAAGAAGCGGCACGUGCUUUAGACGAAGCUGUGGCCGUAGCGCGUCGAAGGAGCCAUGCACAGACGACAUCACUCCACGCGGUGUCGGCGCUGCUUUCCUUACCGUCGUCCACUCUCCGAGAUGCAUGUGCACGUGCACGUAGCAGCGCGUAUCCGUCCCGGCUUCAAUUCCGCGCGCUGGAGCUUUCCGUCGGGGUUUCACUAGACCGCUUACCUUCGUCGAAGUCCGUCGAGGACCCUCCGAUCUCUAACUCACUGAUGGCGGCAAUUAAACGGUCACAAGCCAGUCAACGGCGUCAUCCAGAAAGUUACCAUUUACAACAGUUACACAGUAGCAAUAAUAACACUAACGCCACCGGUUGCUCCCAAACGCCGUCAGUUUUGAAGGUUGAGCUUAAAUACUUAAUUUUAUCGAUUCUGGAUGAUCCGAUUGUUAGUCGGGUUUUCGGGGAUGCUGGGUUUCGGAGCUGUGACAUAAAGUUAGCUUUAGUUCGCCCGCCGGUAACUCAAGUUUCUUCUCGGUUUUCCCGUGCCCAUUGCCCGCCUAUAUUUUUGUGCAACUUAGCGGAUUCAAUUUCUGGUAGGGUCGGGUAUAAUUUGCUGUUUCCGGGUCAAGAAGAUGGGAUUGAUGAGAAUUGUAAGAGAAUUAGCGAAGUCAUGGGUAAAAAGAGCGGAAAAAAUCCUUUGCUUGUUGGAGUUUGUGCCAUGGAAGCUUUGAGGGUUUUUACGGAGAGUUUAACAAAGGGGAAAGCUGGUAUUUUGGAUGGGGAUUUGGCUGGGCUGAUUCCAAUAUCGAUUGAAAAGGAGAUAAAUGAGGGAAAUGAGGAGAAUUUGGGGUUAAAGUUGAAGGAAGUGGAAGCAAUUUUGGAGAAGUGCGAUGGGUCUGGAGGAGGGGUGGUUUUACAAGUUGGAGAUUUAAAAGGAUUGAUUUUGGAUGGGGUCUCAAGUGAUGUGGCUACUUCUUUGGUUCUCAAGUUAACUGGUUUAAUGGAAGUUUAUAGAAGGAAACUAUGGUUGAUUGGGGCUGUAGACAGUGUUGAAAUAUAUAGGAAGUUUUCUGAUAAGUUUCCCAAUAUAGAAAAAGAUUGGGAUUUGCAAUUGUUACCCAUUACUUCUUCCAAGAGUUCUUUUGAUGGGGCUUACCCCAAAUCCAGCUUGAUGAGGUCGUUUGUUCCAUUUGGUGGCUUAUUUCCUACACCUUCAGAUUUGAGGAGUCCUUUAAGCGGCAGAGACCAGUCUAGUCCUCGAUGUAACCUUUGCAAUGAGAAGUAUGAGCAAGAACUUGAUGCCUUUCUGAAGGUAGGAUCAACAGUUUCAGUUGCAGAUCAAUAUUCGGAGAACUUGCCUUCUUGGUUACGAAUGGCAGCAGUUGACACAAGCAAAGGAGAGGAUGCGGCAAAGGCUAAUGCUGGUGAAACCAUGUUGAGUGCUAAAGUUUUGGGGUUGCAGAAUAAAUGGAAUGAUAUUUGCCAACGUCUCCACUGCGCUCCAACAUUCCCCAAGUUAGAUAUUCACCCCUCUGCGUCUCAAGUUGCAAUAGUCGAGGGCCCUCAGUUUCCCACAGAUAAGAAGCAAAGAAGUGGCGGAGACCUGUCUAUCAAUGGAAGUCUUUUCCCCAAUCAAAGUCCCAGCAGACAAAUUCAAAUGCAACAGAUCUUUCUACCUAACCAUACUACAUCGAUAUCAUGUACUUCUGCCGCUAAGAAUAUGAAUUUCCAGUCCAGGUUACAUGCAGAUGUUUCAAGCCUAGCUCAGCAGACUGAAAAAGAUGUGCCCUGGCUUACCCAUCAUCCUCAUCAACGUCUGAGCUCCUGUUCUGGACCCUCACCAUCAUCAUUUGUUCCCCCCGUCACAACGGAUUUAAAGUUGGGAACAAUUUAUGCAUCAACCAGUCAGGAAUCAAACAGCACAAAAUCGCCAAAUCAUCAAGAACAUCUUCAGCGCUUCUCAGGUUCCGUAUCCGCAGAAUUUGAUGCAAAUAGCGAGAAUACUUCAUAUCAGUUUGCCCAAUCUUCGUCAUGCUCUGGUCUUACAUCAGGAGAGCAGUUUGAUCUAGGAGAUUACAAGUCCAUUAGGAAAGUUCUUGCUGAAAAAGUUGGCUGGCAAGAUGAAGCUGUAAAUUCUGUCAGCCAAGCUGUAUCCCAAUUAAGGCAUAGGUAUCGAAGCUCCCGUGGCGUGAACUGUAAAGGGGAUAUGUGGCUUACUUUCCUUGGACCUGACAGAGUUGGGAAAAGAAGAAUUGCUUCAGCACUUGCGGAGGUACUAUUUGGCAAGCAGGAAUACUUCAUAUCUGUGGAUUUGAGCUCACAAGACAAAGUUAGCCACUCAGACUCAAUCUUUGAAUGUGAAGAGUUAAAUGGUUAUGAUGUGAAGUUUAGAGGGAAAACGGUUUCCGACUUCAUUGCUGAGGAGCUAAGAAAGAAACCCCAUUCCGUGGUCUUCCUUGAAAAUGUGGAUAAGGCUGAUUUCUGUGUCCAGCAUAGUUUGGACCUGGCUAUCAGAACAGGUAAAUUUCCGGAUUCGCAUGGGAGAGAAAUAAGCAUCAACAAUAUGGUUCUUAUAACGACGUCAGCCAUAACAAAAGGUAAUAUGCAUAUUCUCCCCGAGAAGGAACACAUGAAAUUCCCCGAAGAAAGAGUACUCGGAGCCAAAAAUUGGCAAAUGCAGAUCUUAGUUGCUUCUGUUACUGAUGAUGCAAGCAGAAGCAACGACACAGGUAUCAGACUAACGACCAUAAAAGAAGCUUUUAGUUCUACAUCUGCUAAUAAAAGAAAGCUGAUCAACACUUCUGAGUCAUCUGAGCUAGAAAAAACAGACACACAAGAACGAGAACCCAAAGUGUCUAGAUCUUGUUUGGAUUUAAAUUUUCCGGUGGAGGAGACCGAUGAGGCAGACAUUGAUUUGGGGCCGUCAAAAAGCGAGUCCUUGUCUGAGAACUCAGAAGUUUGGUUGGAUGAAUUCUUUAGCCAAGUAUAUAAAAAGAUACAUUUCAAGUCAUUCGAUUUCGAUGGACUUGCCAAUAAAAUUGUAAAGGAAAUCAGUUCACAAUUUCAAAGGACAGUUGGAAGUGAAGUUCUGUUGGAGAUUAAUGAAGAAGUGAUGGUACAAAUACUUGCUGCUGUCUGGUUUUCGGACAAAAAGGGAGCUCUAGAAGAUUGGGUUGCAAAUGUGCUGGGAAGAAGCUUUGCUGAGGCUGAGCAAAAAUACAACCUCAAUCCUCAAUCAGUUGUGAAACUAGUUGCAUGUGAAGGUCGUGUGGUGAAGGAACAAGCUCCCGGAAUAUGUCUUCCUGCAAAAAUUAGUCUGAGCUGAUUUUUUUUCUUCCUUUUUUGAGGAUGUAAUUAAAUGCAUAUUGUAGCUUUUAAGUUAUGGAAAAGUCUUGUUUGUGAGGCAUUCUUUUGGGGGUAUUAUUUUUGUGUUGUAUAAAACGCAGCCAAAGAAUGUAUAACGUUUCUUCUGGUCCAAA